UGCAAUGACAAAGUUCUAUUUCUCAAUUGACGGUCAUACACUGCAAGUCAUAGAAGUUGAGGGUACCUUGACAAAACUAUCCAAACCAUAUCAUCGAAUCCCGAUUCACGUCGCCCAACGAUAUUCGGUCAUACCCACGCGACUAGCUAAAUACGAAAAUGUCUCGAAUUUUUGGAUAAGAGCAGAAAUUGAUAAAAAUAGUUACGGAGACUUGAGCUCCUUCAAAACAUGGGACUCGAGGAAGAGAAUGGAGGUGCAAAUGCUUGACGACGAGGUUUUUGCAAUAUUGAGUUAUGAAAAACAAUAUAAUAACGAGCAAGUUAAAGAAAAUUCUUACCCGAAAACUGACGGCUGGAGUUCCAUGAGCAUAAAAAAUGAGAUACGGGAUGUUAGUGAUAAAAACGAAUUUGACAAUAUUCUCGAGGGUUUGUGUAAUCACAAAGAGUAUAUGGGAAACGGUAGCUUCACAGAAGAUGUAGAAUUUGGAGUGACAAAUGAAAAUAAGAACGAAACCAUCGAGUUGCUGGACAUGGAUCCGUUCGAUCUAAAACCUUACACUUGUGAAAAGAUACCAAAGAAUACUACUUUUUAUGAAAUGUUAAUGAUUGUGAAUAUGACAACAUCUGAAUCAACGAAGAUAAAUACCUCAACGACUUCAUCACAACCUUCAAUAACUUCUUUAACAAAUGCGCAACCCUCUAUU